ACACAUUCGGCCAGUCUUAUGUCACACAUCGUAGAAUUCGCAUGAAAUUUUACCCAACUAGCUUUAGAAACUUAAGUAACUGUGCCCGGAUGCAUUUAUAAGUGGAAAAACUAUUGCCAACAAGGACACUAGCCAUUCCAACUAACGCAGCUAUUGGUUCGACGUAUUAUUCCCAUCGAGCAGCAUAUUUUUAAAUUGAAUCUAAACCAGUAUGAGCCUUUCCGUCGUUAAAAACGUAUUCAAAACUCAUCCCGUACUCAAAGGGAUGGUAUCCUACAGUAUUAUCUGGCCAACGGGAUCGCUGAUCCAGCAAACGAUUGCUGGGAAAGAUUGGACGACGUACGAUUAUCGUCAGGCAUUGAACUUCGGAAUCUUCGGAACAUUCUUCGUCGCUCCCUCGCUGUACUGUUGGGUUAAAAUAUCGAGCCAAAUGUGGCCGAUGAUGAAUUUGCGGACAGGAAUCACUAAGGCGAUAGUGGAGCAGUUUAGCUACGGCCCCUUUGCCGGAACGAGUUUUUUCUUCGGAAUGAGCCUACUGGAGCAAAAAACGCCAAAGGAAGCAGUACAGGAAGUUAAAAACAAAUUUCCGGAAACUUAUAAGGUCGGUAUCUGCGUUUGGCCCGUGAUACAAACGAUCAACUUUACCCUCAUUCCGGAACACAACCGGGUUCCGUUUGUCAGCAUAUGCAGCUUGCUUUGGACGACGUUUUUGGCGUACAUGAAGCAAAGGGCAGCUGAUGGGGAAAAUGCUGAGCACGAUGACCGGUUAGAAGUUUUGCCAUGCAAUCAACUGUCUAUUAGAUGAUAAGCGAUGUCAAUGAUGUACCUGUACCAAAGAUUUGGGCGCAAAUGUGUUUCACGUUAUCAAGUAUAUAUGUACUAGGAAAUGUUUACCUAGACGCAUUUAAUUGCAAUUGUAUUGGACGCAUAGUAGAAUAAUAUUUAUUGAAAUAAGUGUUGAAAAUGUGUAGGCGAAUUUUUAAAUAAAAUCUCAAAUUGUUGUAACUGUUAAA